AUGGCGGAGAACUCGGACAAAGUUCCUAUCGCCCUGGUGGGGCCUGACGACGUCGAGCUUUGCAGCUCCCCUGUGUACGCCACCGUGACGGUGAAGCCCUCUAGCCCCGCGCGGCUGCUCAAGGUUGGAGCGGUGGUCCUCAUUUCCGGGGCGGUGCUGCUGCUCUUUGGGGCCAUCGGAGCCUUCUACUUCUGGAAGGGGAGCGACAAUCACAUUUACAAUGUCCAUUACAGCAUGAGUAUCAAUGGGAAAUUACAAGACGGGUCAAUGGAAAUAGAUGCUGGGAACAACUUGGAGACCUUUAAAAUGGGAAGUGGAGCCGAAGAAGCCAUUGAAGUGAAUGACUUUCAGAGUGGCAUCACAGGAAUUCACUUUGCUGGCGGAGAGAAGUGCUACAUUAAGGCGCAGGUAAAGGCUCGCAUUCCUGAGGUGGACACUGUGACCAAGCAGAGCAUCUCCUCAGAACUGGAAGGCAAGGUCAUGCCAGUUAAAUUUGAAGAGAACUCUCUGAUCUGGGUGGCUGUGGACCAGCCUGUGAAGGACAGCAGCUUCCUGAGUCCUAAAGUCCUAGAGUUCUGUGGGGACCGUCCCAUCUUUUGGCUUAAACCCACAUAUCCAAAAGAAAUCCAGAGAGAAAGAAGAGAAGUGGUAAGAAAAAUUAUGCAGCCUACUACAAGAAGACCAAGCAGUGGAACACGGGGCAGCCCAGGCCCUGGGAGACCAAAUAAUGAAACCAGACCCAGUGUUCAAGAGGAUUCAGAGCCCUUCAACCCCGACAAUCCUUACCAGCAGCAGGAGGGUGAAAGCAUGACAUUCGAGCCCCGGCUGGACCAUGAAGGGAUCUGCUGUAUAGAAUGUAGGCGGAGCUACACACAUUGCCAGAGGAUCUGUGAGCCCCUGGGAGGCUACUCCCCAUGGCCUUACAAUUACCAAGGCUGCCGUUCUGCCUGCAGAGUCGUCAUGCCAUGUAGCUGGUGGGUGGCCCGCAUCUUGGGCAUGGUGUGA